GUCGGUUUAGAAUCCUAGCUUCAUUGCAUAUAGUACUUUAAAAUGGAGAUGGCUAUGGAUCAAGAUCAGGACGACAUUGUUCGCAGAGUGAUUAGAUUUCUGGCGUCACAACCGACAAAUGUGAUAGGAUUUACAGAUCUACAUGCUAACUUCAAGUCGCUCAUCGAGGAAAGGCAAUUUGAAAAUCUGCUUAGAAACUAUGCCGAUCAGUUUGAGAUGUUUAAAGAUGGACAAUUAUUUGUCCGUCUUGCUAUCAAAGUUGAGGUAUGUGAAAUCCAUUGUUUAGACCAGACCUGUCCGGGAAACAUUUCGAUCUGCAAAGGCUUACAUAUUUGUAAGAAGUAUAGUUUAUAUGGAAACUGCAUAAACAAUCCUUGUAUGUUUGGACAUGACUUAAGAACUUCCCAUAACAUGGAAGUUCUGAGUCAAAACUUACUGGAUCAGUUACCAGUGCCUCUUGUUGAAGAUCUCCUUAAACGUCCCAACAAGAGAAAGGCAACCAAAAUAUGUGAGUAUUACAACAGGGCGGGUGGAUGCAGAAAUGAUGAAGCCGGAAAACCAUGCCCAUAUCUGCAUCUAUGUAAGAACUACAUAACACGGGAAUGCAUAACAGAUAACUGCUAAAGAAGCCAUUUCAUCCAUGAGAGUACAGUAAGGAAUGUCUUGGAGGAGCAUGGCAUUAGUAUGGGAAGAAUACCAAAGAGGAAUUUAGCAGAAUUCAGAAAAAUAAUGCAGUCAAAUGACGAGAAUUACUCCGGAAGAGAUGGACCUAUUCCUGAAUCGAUGCUUGGAAGAAACGCUGCCACCAAGAUAUGUGAGUCUUACAACAAUGAGGGAGGAUGCAGAAAUGAUGAAACCGGAAAACCAUGCUUAUAUCUGCAUCUAUGUAAAAACUACAUAACACGGGAAUGUAUGACAGAAAACUGCCAAAGAAGCCAUUUCAUCCAUGAAAGUACAGUACGGAAUGUCUUAGAGAAGCAUGGCAUCAGUAUGGGAAGAAUACCAAAGAAGAAUUUAGCAGAAUUCAGAAAAAUAAUGCAGUCAAAUGACGGUAAUUACUCCGGAAGAGAUGGACCUAUUCCUGAACCGAUGUUUGGAAGAAAUGCUGCCACAAAGAUAUGUGAGUCUUACAACAAGAAUGGGGGAUGCAGAAAUGAUAAAACCGGAAAACCAUGCCAAUAUCUGCAUUUGUGUAAAAACUACAUAACACGGGAAUGUAUAACAGAAAACUGCCAAAGAAGCCAUUUCAUCCAUGAAAGUACAGUACGGAAUGUCUUAGAGAAGCAUGGCAUCAGUAUGGGAAAAAUACCAAAGAAGAAUUUAGCAGAAUUCAGAAAAAUAAUGCAGUCAAAUGACAGGAAUUACUCCGGAAGAGAUGGACCUAUUCCUGAACCGAUGUUUGGAAGAAAUGCUGCCACAAAGAUAUGUGAGUCUUACAACAAGAAUUGGGGAUGCAGAAAUGAUAAAACCGGAAAACCAUGCCAAUAUCUGCAUUUGUGUAAAAACUACAUAACACGGGAAUGUAUGACAGAAAACUGCCAAAGAAGCCAUUUCAUCCAUGAAAGUACAGUACGGAAUGUCUUAGAGAAGCAUGGCAUCAGUAUGGGAAAAAUACCAAAGAAGAAUUUAGCAGAAUUCAGAAAAAUAAUGCAGUCAAAUGACAGGAAUUACUCCGGAAGAGAUGGACCUAUUCCUGAACCGAUGUUUGGAAGAGGCAGGCCACUUCCGGAUACCCUGACAAGACCGAUGUCAGGCAUGACUAUACAGGACAGGGGAGUUUGGCACACUUCCAGAAGACCCCCUUUGUCUCCUGCACAAUUAGGCGGAGCAGAAGCAGUCGCGUCUUGCAGAAGAACCCAGAACCAAGGGAUACCUUUUAAUUUGAUGAGGGCUAGUUCAAGUCUUGAAAGGGUAUCAGAAACUGCGGCAGACAACAUCCUUAACAAGAAGAUAUGUAUUUACAAUUUGAAGAGUCGAUGCUCGUACUUUGCGCAGUGUUUUAAUUACCACUGUGAAUUACUGUACCAGUGGUUCUACCGGUUUGAUGACAGUUCUAACUGGAAGACAGUCGAACCCCAGGAAAACAUGCGUAUGGAACUGCACUACAGCGAUCCAGCCAACGUUGAAUACUGUCUGUUUAUUGAAGAUGUGUCGGUGCAACUGAAGUUCAAGACCAUGAAAGCAGAGGGUGAAGGCAAGCACCUGACAUUCCAUCGGGUGUCAACAGAGUCGUCGGCAAUUUUGGAUUCACACCCCCUUGCAACAAGCUGGCAGUGGUUUUGGAUGGCAGAGAGUGGGGAAUGGAAGAAAUAUGGUGAUGAUGCAGAUGGACAUCGUUCCACAAUCUCGAGCGAGGACCUAGAACAAGCUUACAUCUCAAACCCUGAUGGUCAGCUAAAGUUUAGUACUCAAGAGCAUGAGUAUAAACUAGACUUUGCAAAAAUGGUGCAGUGUAACCUUCACCACAAGACGGAGCGAGAAGUAUCAAGACGACCAAAGUUCGUAUCAAAAGAUGAGUUAGAAAGACGCAAGAAACAACCAGUAAUACAGAAACCUGCAGGAUCUGCAACAUCAGGGUUUGUUCCUGUCGCUCCGCCUCACUGGAAUCUGAGAAAGACCGAUGAACUGUUGAACCAUUGCGAGCUCGUUCCGCUGGAUGAGCGGAAUCCCAGUAUGAAAACGGAGUACAAUAAGAUUGAAAGCAUGUUUUUUGAGACCAUGUCUAGCACGACGGAGACUAUUUUGUCGAUCUCCAGGGUGGAAAAUGGUGACCUUUGGUAUAGCUAUCUUAGUAAGAAGGCCAAACUGAAGAAAAGGAACAAGGGCGUAGAUGUAGAGGAGAGACAACUCUUCCACGGUACCAGGAAUGACACCGUAGAGGCCAUCUACAGACAAGGGUUUGACUUCAGGUUGAGUGGAACUGCUUCAGGUACAGCUUAUGGAAAAGGCAGCUACUUUGCAACCACUGCCAAAUACUCAAACUGCUACACAGACAGACAGAAGGAGACAAUGGUGAUGUUCAUUGCUAAGGUGCUAGUGGGAGAUUACACAAAGGGAAAUGAAUCAUACACCAGACCCCCACAGAAAGACCCCCUUGAUCUGUCGAGUCCUUUGUACGACUCUUGCGUUGAUAAUGUUAUAGUUCCAAAGAUUUUUGUUAUCUUUGAACUCGGUCAGGUGUACCCAGAAUACUUGAUAAAAUACAAGUCUGAUUUCUCCCCGUAGUUUUUGUGCUAUACUUCAAGAUGAAAUAUAUAAUUUCAUCGAUUCCAAAGCAUCUUUCGAAUUUAACCUAAGGAAUGAAAAUAUCACUUUUAAGCACUACUUUUUGAAAAUCCAUUGUAGUAACUUUCCUUAGAUCAAAACUAACACAUCACUUUAAAACCAGAAAUUGUUGCCAAUAAUUUGAUGUUUAUUAAAGGUUGCUUAAAUUUAAAUAAAGUUUUUUGGAAAAAUGACCUUUUAUUAGAAAA